GUUUGGCUAAAACAUGGCAUCUCUGUUUGUAAAGAAAAUGAUGUUUACAAUCAGCAGUCCUCUUUUCCAUAUGAGCAGAUGUUCAGUGAAACCUUCCUCAGUUUCUGCAUUCCUAUUUGCAUCACAACAAAGUACAUUUCCUGUAAAUACAGGUCUCAUGAAGUAUAGCUCAAUAAUUCAUCCAUUUCUUUCACGUUACUUGCUUCCAUCCUCUCAACCUGCUCUUGGGUUCAAAACAAAAGCUGUUCUAAAGAAACGCUGUAAGGACUGUUAUUUUGUGAAGAGGCGAGGACGAUGGUUUGUGUAUUGUGCAACAAAUCCAAGACACAAGCAACGACAGCUGAAGUCUCUUUGAUUUCUGAAAUGAUAUUCAAAGUACUGUCCAUCCUUCAGAACAGUUAAUUGAAGAAAAAAAAAAAGCAAAAACUGAAACAAAUGAAGCCAAUCAAAUAUUGGAAAUAAUACUAUUAAAUAACAAUAUCAUAAAGGUUGAUGAUAAAAUAGUUUUUGUUUCUUUAACUGUCAUUUAAGAAAUGUAUUUUUAAAAUCUUAUGCUGUUUGUUCUUCUCUGCUUCUACUUUCCCUUAUCCCUGGGAUAAGGCCUAUCCUGAUAGAACAGGAGUUCUUAACCUGGUACUCAUGAACUUUUUUUCUUUUAAAAAUAUUUUGGUAGCUAUAAUUGUUUCCUUUGUAAUCUUGUGUAUUUUAUGCAUUUGAAAACAUUCUGAGAAGAAAUUCAUAGAUUUCAUCAGAUUGACAGUGAAGUCACACACAAAGUUUCAAAUUCCUGAGUUAAGAAAGAGACUAGAGAUGAAUGAAUGAAUGAAAAAGCAUUUAUUAAGCAUUUAAUCUAUACAAAGCACUGUGUUAAGUUCUGGGCGAUACAGAAAAGAAAAAGGAUGAAGUCCCUGAUAGAAGGAAAACUCCUCUAAAGGGGAGACAAGAUACAAAAGAGAUUUUCAUGUUAUCAAGGUGAAGUUUAAUCUUAAUGCUUAUAGCUUGGUUUUGAUAGAUUUUUUCAUUAUAGAUUUCAUAGACAGUAGUGACCUGGAUGAAAUUCAGGAAAUCUGAUUCUACUAAAGCUUUUUCUCUCAGGAGACAUUAUCUUGUCCUGGAUAGUUCUUUACAGGUCCUGAUGAGUUGCAUCUGUAUUCUGAAAGAAAUGACAAAUGUAAAUGUAAUCCUUGAAGGAAGAAUACCAUAGAUUGGAAAUGGAAAAAUGUCCCUAUUUUCAAAAAGAAGUAAAGUCUACAUAUUCCAUAG